AUGUUGCACGGGUUAGUGAUAGUCAGUUUGCUAUAUUUGGCAAGUGAAGGUGUUGGGGGUCUGCAAAAAUGGUCCACACAAUUUGGUCAGGCACCACUUUUGGAAAGAUUUUCCUGGAGAGAAUUGGACUUCGCUUACCCGGAUGCAGCCAGCAGAAGAAUGGCGAUGAUGAAGGGAGAAUUUAUUCCUGAGAAUGCGCUGCCCGUUGGAAUAGAAAUAUGGAGGAAUAAGCUGUUUGUUACCGUUCCAAGAUGGCGUAAUGGUAUACCAGCAACGUUAAAUUACAUAUCACUGGACACAAAUCGAGGAGGUUCGCCAAAACUUACCCCUUAUCCUAACUGGGCGCAAAAUAAAGCCGGUGCUUGUGGAAGUGCAAUUACCACUGCUUACAGAAUACACGCAGAUAUUUGCGACAGACUUUGGGUACUGGAUACUGGUACCAUAGGUAUUGGAAAUACCACCAUACAAGCAUGUCCCUACACUCUGAAUGUCUUUGAUCUGACCACUGAUAAAAUUCUGAGACAGUACAGGCUUAAAGCUGAGGACAUCAACAUGAAUACUUUCAUCGCGAACAUAGCAGUCGAUUUGGGUAAAGGUGGCUGUGAUGACGCGUACGCCUACAUGUCUGACGAGCUUGGAUACGGUUUAAUUGUUUAUUCCUGGGAACAGAAUAAGUCUUGGCGCAUUACGCACAGUUAUUUCAUGCCAGAUCCUUUGGCUGGUGAUUAUAACAUUGGCGGUUUAAAUUUCCAAUGGGGAGAGGAAGGGAUUUUCGGGAUGAGCUUAUCUCCAAUCACUGCGGACGGAUUUAGGACACUGUUCUUCCAUCCUCUUAGCAGCAGGAGAGAAUUUGCUGUUUCUACCAAGAUUCUCAGGGAUGAAGAUUUGUCUCAAGACAGUUAUCACGAGUUCCAGGUACUUCCAGAAAGAGGACCACUUGGUCACUGUACUGCCUCUGUUAUGGAUGACACUGGGCUUCAGUUUUUCAAUCUUAUCGAUCAAAAUGCAGUAGGUUGUUGGAGCUCUUUACUCCCAUAUGCUCCUGAAAAUCAAGCACUCGUAGCAAAACAUGAUGACGCUUUAAUAUUCCCAGCUGACGUCAAGGUGAAUCGUGGCGUCCUGUGGAUUAUAUCUGACAGAAUGCCAGUUUUCCUGCUCUCGACUUUGAAUUAUACCGACGUGAACUUCAGAAUAUUAACAGUCCCAGUUCGAGAUGCGAUCGCUGGUACAGUUUGCGAGAGCUCACCCUGGGGUUAUGUUAAUACUAAUGCAUUAUGGUGGGAACAAUGA